GGCAUUAAUAGAUGAAAAUGAGUGGGGAUAUGUUUGAGGGAAAGGACUACCCUACCCAGUGGGCCCUAAACCCUUCUGCUUAUCAGAAUAUGAGUAAUGACCAAGUUGACUGGGCAGCAUUAGCUCAGCAAUGGAUCAAAAUGAAAGAGACUGUAGUGCCACCGGCACCACCUCCACCUAAUAUUAAUCCUAUAUGUUCUGGAAAUGAUGGUAGCGGAGAGGCACCAAUGGAUAUGGACACAAAAGAUGAUGAUAUACCGCCAGCACCACCAGCACCUACUAUCAGUGGAUCAGCUGAAGCUUGGAACCAAUGGAAUCAAUGGGGCCAUUGGAACAGCUCAGGUUCUGGUUCAGGUACUUGGGAGUGGACCGGUGUACCUCCUCCUGGUGUUUCUAUAGGUUCUGAUGGGAAACCUAUGGGAAUUCCAUCUGUACCGGUUAUUCCACCUGCUCCAACCAUAUCAACAACAUCUGAAUUUAGCGUGCCACCUCCAGCUGCACCGUCGUUGUAUUCUUAUAAUUCAGUACCUCCAACACAACCUUAUAGUCAGGUCUCUAGCUACUGGUCAGGGGAUCCACCCGCUACAAUACCACCUCAACCGCCUCCUUUCAUGAAAGGAGUUAGACACACGAACAGAACAUCGCAUAUGAGGCCUAUGGAUAAUGUACGAUGUCGGGAAGACAGAGAAAAGACACCAGAGGAGGACACUACUACAACUAUUGAUGCGGCGAAACGUAGACAAUUACCAGCAUGGAUUAGGGAGGGUCUAGAGAAAAUGGAAAAAGAAAAGCAGAAAGCUGUAGAGAGGGAGAGGCAAGAAAUCCUGAGGAAACAAGAACUGGAGGCCCGAAAGCAGGCUGAGGACGAGGCUCGGGCGGUACUGAAUCCGUCUAAGAGCAAAUUUGAUUCUGAUUCCGAGAAGGAAACAGAGCAAGAGACCGAUGAGGGAUCACGAGGUCAGCAGCAAGUGGCUGAGAAGAGUUUCGAGCGUACCCCAGACAUUCUCCUUCGACCACGGAAAUCGCGAUUUCGGGACGCGGAUUCGCCGGAUGCUCAUACACACCACACCGACAGGAGUCCGACUAUGCCUUCUAACACUUCUCUGGCUACUCCUAAGCGAUCGAGAGAGGAAAUUCUACAAGAUGCGAUGUUGAAGGUUCGGAGAUCUCUAACGGAAAUUCUCCUGGAGGUAACGAACGAAGAAAUCGGUGCUAUAUGCAGAGAGGUUUGGAGCCGCGCACGUGCCAAAGUCCCUGCAGGAGAGACCCCCGUCGCAUCCCUCAACAACACGGCCCCUCUUGCUCAGAUCACUCGUAAGCUUGGUCUGGGCAUCUAUGGCGACAGCAACAGCGAGUCCGAGGAGGAGCAGAGCGAGCAUAUCCAGUCUCAGAACAACGACAGCGACGAGGAACUGAUAGAAACGUUGAGACGGCGGCAACAAGCGUUCAAAAAGACGGAGGAAGAAAUCGAGGCGCGUCUGGCGGAGGAGGAUGAGAGGGAUGAACAACGUUACGAGGAUCAUUAUAAUAAGCAACAGGAUAAUCAUACUGGUAAUACAAGCUGCAAGGAGACAGUUGAUGAAAAAGAAACGAUAAAUAAUCAAAGAGAAGCGUCCGAAACUUUAUCGAGCGCCGGGCAAAGUCCGCAGCAACAAGUUGCGCCGGCAGAUACGGCGAAGGCCGAUACUCCGUCGGGGUCAGCCGACACCGAGUCGAGCAGCUCCGAAUCGUCGAGCUCGGACUCGAGCCGUAACUCGUUGAAGAAGAAACGAACAAGCAAGCCACGGGAGCGUGACUACCGUAAGAGACGGUCGAAGAGCCGAAGCCGUUCGAGAGGCAGAAAAACGUCCCGGUCCCGGUCGUCUGAGCGUGGCCGGAAACGGAAGUCCAGGUCCAGAUCGAUAAAGUCGUCACGUAAAGAGUAUCGUUCAAGGUCUUCGAGCAAUUAUAGGUCCGGCAAGAAGCACAGAUCGCGAUCGCGAAACCGUAAACGCCGACGAUCCCGCUCGAGAAGCUGUCGUAGAUCCAGAUCGGUCUCGAUCGCCCGGAAACGAUCAAGGUCGCGUUCCAGACCGAAGAGGAAGUCCCGUUCUAUAUCACGCAGCAGAAGACGCAGUCGUUCGUACUCGGUCAGACGGAGCAAAUCACGGACGAGGGAGAAACGACGUAGUAGAUCACGAUCGAGGGCCAGAGACCGAUCACGUACACGAUCGAAAGAACGAAAACGUUCCGAGUCUUACGUUUCCAGGAGCAAGAGGAGAUCUCGAUCGCGAUCGAGGGAUCAUAGAAAAUCACGAUCGAGAUCACGGCAGUCGAAUCAUCGGGACGGUAAGAAAUCAUCGUCGCAUCGGUACAGGAAUUGAACCUGACCCUAACCCCCCCUGAACUUCUAGCCAAGGUUGUAUAUACAUAUUCAUAUUAUAAUUUUUCGAAAAUAUU